AUGUCUGCUGUGUAUGGCAAACACAGUAUGUCAAGUGCAUGUGAGUUUGAGUGGAAUAAACAAUUUCAAGAAGGUCAGAUGUCAUUGAAAGACAGCAGUUGGCCAGAACAGCCUCAUUGUGUCAUUACCUCUUCUAUCAUUGCCAUCAGAACUGAUCGAUUGUGGUCGGUGGAAGACAUUCAGCUCAUGUUGGGCAUUAGUCAUGGUACUGCUCACGCCAUCUCGACACAGCAUCUGAAGGUCCGGAAAAUCAGUGCUCAAUGGGUUCCUCACAGCUUGACAAAGGAGCAGUUGAACAGAAUGUCAACAUCACUGCAACACCUGGAAUGGUAUCACGAUGAAGAAUAUCGUUUCCUGUCCUGUAUUGUCAUGGGAGAUGAAACAUGGUGUCAUCAUUUUGAGCAAGAGAGCAAGCAUCAGAGCAAACAAUGGAAGCACAUGGAUUCACCCCCACCAAAAAUAUCCACGCCAUGCUCCAGGAAAGUUGUGAUGAUCUUUUUCUUUGACUACAAGGGCCCACUACUCAUUGACUUUCUGGAACAUGGUGCCACAAUUAACGCACAGCAGUACAUGGAAACUUUGCAAAAAUUGAAGCAUGCCUUCAAGUCCAAACACCCAGGAAUGUUGACGGACAACAUCAUUCUGUUGCAAGAUAAUGCCUACCCACAUGUUGCCAAGGUUGUUUCAACUAUGCUACAGAAGUUUCGCUGGGAAGCCCUUACACAUCCUCCAUACAGUCCCGAUCUCUCCCCAUGCGAUUUCCAUAUUUUUGGAGCCCUGAAGAAUUUGUGGCUAUAG